AUGGCCACCCUUCCAAUGCUACCACUCGAGAGAUCAUGUCCGAGAAAAUCUACAAGAGCACACACAACGUUACAGCCAAGAAUGGUCAUCAGAUUCCUCGAUUGGGAGCCAUCACAGGCAGAUGGGAUGCAUCGUCAUCUAGGACCACAGCUCACCACCACCACCCCGCCGCAAACAGGUGCCUCAUUCGUGGAGGCGAAUUGCCAAGAUCGAUUGGGCAGGCAGAUGCAACGAAAUCCUCCACCUCGUUCCGUGACAGAGAUUCUCGCUGACCCGACAGCUACCAACCUGAGGAAGUCUCCUGGACAGAGAGGUUUAGCCAAUAUGAAUUCGGCAUAUUCCGUGCCUGAUCAGACAGAGCGAUCGAAUGCAUGUAGAAUGCUCAUUCGAGACGUGAAGAAGGCGACACAUGCAGAUAACGACGAGUCCACCGGCAUUGCUCAUCAUACAGCCGUAUGGUUGCUCCAAUCGGCCGCAGACAUCGACUGGUCUGAGUUCUCUCGGGUCCGUGCAAGUGCCAGCUACGCGAGACAGAUCGCCGGCAGGAAGGCCGAGGGGCAAACGAAAGGCUCAGAGACUACUCGCGCGAGCGUCUUCCCAACCUGCAAAUACAAGCCGUCCCCAAUACUGGCAUAUCUUCACUCGGAUCUUCACCUGCACCGACAUGCGGUUCAAAGAUGGAAGAGACUGUCAGAAAAUGAGCGUCAUGAAGCCACCGUGAGGGCAUUCUACAACGGACCUGCUGAAGCAACAGACCAGGCAGUAAGCGCGGACAAGCCAUUGACCCAGGAGUCGCUGGAGGAUUUCAAGAGGAUAGGACUGGGCUUGAAGGACGCAGAUGGAGCUCAUACGCCUUGGUUUCCAGAGGUACCGUAA